AUGGACGCGAAAGCAAAGUCGCAUGGAUUCUCUUUGAACGAUCUGCUCUUGAAGGGUCCGGAUUUCGUUCCUCCGCUGAUCGCAAUCUUGGUACGAGCAAGGAUGAAGAAGAUAGCUUUCGUAGCUGACAUCCGGGAAAUGUUUCACCAAGUGCGCAUCCGUCCUGAAGAUCAAAAUUCCCAACGUUUUCUAUGGCGUGGUAUGAACCGCACGGUUCCACCAGAUGUAUACGUGAUGAAGGUUAUGAUAUUUGGCGCGGUUUCGUCCCCAUCGAUGGCACAAUUCAUAAAGAAUUUCAAUGCAAAGGAACUGGAAGAAAAGCAUCCUGGCGUCGAACGAGCAGUUGUUAAACAACAUUAUGUCGACGAUUAUUUCGACUGCGCUGACACUGAAGAAGCGGCAAUCGAACUGAUCCAACGCGUGAUAAAUGUUCACGAGCAAGGCGGAUUCAAGCUGGCGAAGUUCUCCUCGAAUUCCAAAACUGUGAUCGACUCGCUCGAUCCUGAAAUUGUGGCCGGCUGUAGAGAAGGUGAGGUUCGCGUUCUAGGAAUUAGAUGGGAUCUGCAGUCCGAUGAAUUUGUUUUUCCAUUGACUUUCUCAAACCUGGAUGAGCGCUUCCAAAGUGGCGAAGCCAUUCCAACAAAACGGCAGCUGUUGAGGUUCAUGAUGAGUAUCUUUGACCCACUUAGUUUUCUCAGUCCAAUAACAAUACAACUGAAGAUUAUCUUCCAAGAGCUGUGGCGGUUGCAAUCCGGUUGGGACGAUGAAAUUCCCGACGGACUGGUUCCCAGAUGGACGGAUUGGUUGGUCGAAACUAGGAAGUUAAACGAAAUUCGUUUCUCAAGGUACUAUUACCCUGCGGUUUCGUCUUUUUCCAAUGUGGAAUUACAUGCCUUCUGUGAUGCGAGUGACAAGGCGUUUGCUUGCGUGGUAUAUAUGGUUCAUCGUAGUCAAGGUAAAGUUCAUGUGGCCCUGGUAUAUGCCAAGUCAAGAGUGGCGCCCCUAAAGUCACAAACUGUACCACGCCUGGAACUACAAGGAUGUGUUCUCGCAAGUCAGAUGGUGAGCGUACUACAAACGGAGAUGAUGGUGGAUAUUACCAGGGUGUACUUCUGGACCGACUCUAAGAUCUGCUUGAGUUGGCUGAAGACAGGUCUGACCGCGUACGUCGGCGCACGUGUGAUGCGGAUUAAAGAAAAUGGACACGGAACCGAUUUGUGGCGCUGGGUUCCAUCACAGCUGAAUGUGGCUGAUUUGGCCACGAAAUGUUCAAAGUUUGGCAAUAUGCAUGAGUGGUUGCGAGGUCCAGACUUCCUUCAUCGCGACAGUAUGUACUGGCCUACUGAGGAACCAUUGGCGAUGUCUACUGCAGAGCUGGUAAAUUUUCAAUCUGAAAUCAUCGUCGAUAGUAGCACCAAUCUGUUGUGUUACACUGUACACGAAGAAGCAUCGAUUGAGCUGCCCGACAUUUCAAGGUUCUCAGAUUUCAAUAGGCUGAUCAGAUCAACCGCAUACUACCUGAAAAUGAGAAAACUGUUAGUAUUGCCAAGAUCCGAGAAACCUGAUCGUUUGACGUUAUCUGUUCAAGAAAUAUCCGACGCUAGAAAUAAUUGGUACAAGAAAGUACAAGCUGAAGUCUUUGGGUCAGAGCUGUUUAAUCUGAAGAAGACAGGAUAUGUGAAAGCUAACAGCCGAUUAAGAACGUAUUCUCCAUUUCUCCACAAUGGAAUCAUCCGCAUGCGAGGUCGUGUUCAAGAUAACAACCAGUCGUUCGAAGUAAACAACCCCGUGAUUCUACCUGACAAUCAUCCGUUUUCAACAUUGAUCAUUCGUAUGUAUCACAUCGCGAACGCGCAUCAGGGGUUGGAGGCUGUCAUCAAUAACGUCAAGGAACGCCACCGUAUACUGAAGAUCCGUUCGCAAGUAAAGAAGUAUGCACUGUCUUGUGUGAGGUGUCGAGAACUGAGAGCGAAACCAACAGUUCCGCAAAUGGAAAUCUACCACCGGAAAGAACGACUCCGUUCGCGUAUCCGUUCACCUGUACCGGAAUCGAUUAUUUCGGACCGCUAUCUGUGA